AUUUUAUUAGGGAUUUUAGGUAGAUUUAUUACUCUUUAUGACAGUCAUUAUUUUGAGCCCCUUAAGCUUCUGAUGGUUGAUUGCAUGACUGAAUUCAGAUCAAACGUCAAGUUUAAGUGCUUAGUGUUUUGGCGUUAUUUGAUCGUUGAUUUUUAUGCCAUAAUGUCAGUAUUCAUACAAAAAUUUGAUUUUGUAAGUGCAUUUUCCAAGGUCUUUGUUCAAACCUCAUAUUAAUGCACUUUUUCCAGGAGUCCUGACCUGUUAUGUUUUACUGUUCAUUUUGUCUUAUAUGGUGUUUACAUCUCAUCAUCACCGAUGUUUUCAUGAAUGUAACGGAAUACCUGACUACCAUAUUGCAAACUAAUAAGUUGUUUUAUUGUAUUGUGAAGACAAUACCAACUUUGUUGGAAGUACUCAACUCCAUAAAUUUCGGUGGCCUAAAUUUGUCCAUGUUGUGUGAUAUUCACGGCCAAUACACAGACUUGUUACGUCUUUUCGAAUACGGUGGUUUUCCUCCAGAAUCUAACUACCUGUUUCUUGGAGACUAUGUGGACAGAGGCAAGCAGAGUUUAGAAACUAUUUGCCUUCUACUUGCGUAUAAAAUUAAACAUCCAGAAAACUUUUUCCUUCUUCGUGGGAAUCAUGAAUGUGCUGCUAUUAAUCGGAUAUAUGGAUUUUAUGAUGAAUGUAAACGACGUUUUAGUGUUCGAUUAUGGAAAACGUUCACUGAUUGCUUCAACUGUUUACCAAUCGCUGCGAUUGUAGAUUCAAAAAUAUUUUGUUGUCAUGGUGGAUUAUCUCCAGAUUUACAAAAUAUGGAUCAAAUACGACGUAUCAUGAGACCGUCAGAUAUUCCUGAUACAGGACUUUUAUGUGAUAUUUUAUGGUCAGAUCCGGAUAAAGAUGUUAAUGGUUGGGCUGAAAAUGAUCGUGGUGUGAGCUUCACAUUCGGUCCAGAUGUAGUUACCAAAUUUCUCAACCGACAUGAUAUGGAUUUAAUUUGUCGAGCGCACCAAGUAGUUGAAGAUGGUUUCGAAUUUUUCUGUCGUCGUCAAUUAGUAACUUUAUUUUCUGCUCCAAAUUAUUGCGGUGAAUUUGAUAAUGCGGGUGGUAUGAUGUCUGUAGAUGAGAAUUUAACAUGUUCGUUUCAGAUACUUAAACCAUCUGAAAAGAAGGCUAAAUAUCAAUAUCAAGGUGUAAACACUACUGGAAAUCAAGCUAGAUUGCCUGCUCGUAUACCAUGA